GCCGACUGACAGACAGUGAGAGCCGUUUGGCAGCUAAUGAGAGACAACUGACAGACAGUGAGAGCCGUCUGACAGCCAGUGAGAGCCAAGUGGAGGAACUGAGCAAAAUGAAUGAAGCACAAGCAGUGAAAACUAAACUCCAUGGAGAGCCACGUUGAAGUUCUGAAGAGAAACAGUCAAGACAGGAAGGUGGCUUUCUCAGCCUCACUAGCAGCACCUGGUCAAGGAGGAAACACUGGACCCUUCAACACCGGAAUCACCCUGGUCUACAGACAUAUCUACUCAAACAUUGGCAAUGCGUAUAACCCCACUACAGGGAUCUUCACAGCACCAGUGAGAGGACUCUACCUCUUCAGAUUUUACAUCUAUGGUGGGGGUGACAGUUCAGUUCCUACAACUACAUUCUUGCAGAAGAAUGGACAUCAGAUAGCUACUGCACAUGCUCACCAAUCUAGUGGUGGUAUUAACUCCUCUAAUGGAGUGUCUCUGCUGCUGGAGGUAGGAGAUGUGGUCUACAUGUAUCUCUGGGCUGGGAGAAAGAUAUAUGAUAGUGAAUAUCAUCACAGCACCUUCAGUGGUCACCUGCUCUUCACUAUGUAGGAGGGUUAUUGAAGGACUGUAUCAGUGAUCUGUACAGGAAAAUAUUCAGACAUUUGAACAACAUUGUCUUAGCAUGGAAAGUUCUCCAUUUGCUCUCUAACAGUUCAAACUAAGGCAGUUCUCAAGGAGGAAAGUAGGUGAAAUACGCAACAUUUAAAAAUACAUAUCGUAUCCGAGUUUUCAAAAAAGAAAAAUAAUAACAAAAAAAUACUCAGAAUGAAAAUAUUAAAUUAAUCUAAAGAUUAUACUGUACACUGACUUCUUUAAUUCAUGUAUAGAUGUUGACCCCCCCUCAUCCCCCCCCACCUCUUACUUCCUUUUUCUGCUGUAAAUUGAAGAGUGGUAAACAUUGUGGUGAGUAUAAUGUCAUAAAGAGUUUAUCAAAAGAAUGACAGUGUCAUUACACGAACACACACACACACACGGACACACAAACGAA